CAGGAUGUGUACUUCGUCAGUCUUCCGGGUUGAAGUUCCUGCUGCAGCUGAAAUUGUUUUAAAUGUGCAAUGGCUGAGGAUCCUUCUCUGGCUGUCCGGGUCUCAGAGAUCAAGGACCCGGCGGCUCUCUUCGAGCGCUAUAACACCGAGGAGAUCCGCGGAAUCGAACGCAAAGUCCGCGGGGAGAUUGAGCAGAAGAAAGAGGAGCUGAGACAGAUGGUGGGAGAACGCUACCGGGAACUGAUCGAUGCAGCGGACACCAUUGGAGAGAUGAGGCAGUGCUCGGAGAGUGUCGUUCAAUCCAUCCAAGACAUGCACCAGUACUGCCACAACCUGAAAAGAGGCAAAACCAGUGUGAGCAGCAGCAGACAGGAGAACCAGAUGGUAUGGCAGGACAAGUUCUACACCAUGGCCUCCCAGAUCAAGCUCCUCUUGGAAAUUCCAGAGCGUAUCUGGAGCGCCAUGGAGGCGUGCCAAUACCUCCAGGCAACUCGGCUCUACCUGCUUUGCUGCCACCUGCACAGUUUGCUGCAACUGGAGGCUGCUACAGGAGGCCACUACAGUCCCGUACUGGCCCGUUUCCCAAUCCUGGUCCGACAGGUGGCAACUACUGGACACUUCAGGUCCACAAUCCUCCUGGACAGCAGGUCUCUGCUGCAGGGCCGGGCAGUGUCAGACCAGGCCAUUGCUGAAGCCUUGGUGUCCACCAUGCUAUUGGAGGGUAGCUCUCCACGCCAAGCCCUGGCUGACUUUUUGCUGGCUCGGAAGGCCUCUAUUCAUCAGCUGCUCAACCAACCACAGCACGGUGCAGGGAUCAAAGCCCAAGUGUGUAGCCUGGUAGAGCUGCUUGUCACCACUCUGUUCCAGGCCUAUGCCAUUUUCUACUUGCCCCCAGAAGGGGGACCCCGCCAAGGGGAGGGAACCCUGAGCUGUGGCAUGCUCUUCUCCAUCCUGGAGACUGCCACCUCUACCUCACCUGCAGCUAAAGGUAAACGGGUGAUGCAGGAUGAGACAAGUACAGGCAGCUGGUUCAAGUACCUGCCCUCCUCCAUCACUGAUUUUCAGCCUGCUCUUCGUACCCUAGCUCAGCCAAUCCAGAGAGAUCAGCUUCGGGACACCCUUCAGCAGUGGAUUGAUACAUGCAAGGAGGUUAUCUGUCGUGGUGUUGGCAGCCUUUUAGUCUAUGUGAAGAGCCUCAAAGGGCUAGCAGCUAUCAGGGAUGCUGUGUGGGACCUCCUGUCCACAGAAUCCAUUAGUCAGCACUGGGGCUCUGUUUGCCAGCGGUUACUGGAGUGUCCACUGGCUGUCUGGGAUGACUUCCUCCAGCAACUUUUCCUGAAGCGCCUGAAAGCUAUCACCAAAGACGAAACUGAAGCCAUCUCGACGAGCUCUGUCCAGCUCCUUAUUUCAGCUGUGAGGGAUCUGGAUGGCCAGACUGCUCAAAGCUCUACAUGUGCCAGCCCCACCUUCAACCGUGGGGCCCAAUAUGAGGUAGACGUGGCAUCCUUCCUGUGGUCUGAGUCUCCAGGGGACCUACUGAGUGAUGCAGGGUGGGUCAGUGUGAGCCAGCGGGGCCAGCAGCACCAGAGGAGUAGCCUUGCCAUGAAGACCCAGGCCCUGACACCCUGUGUUCAAAACUUCUGCUCUUCUAUGGAUGCUAAGCUAAAGGCAAGGCUGGAUGACCUGCAGCACUACCUUCCCUCCCAGGACACAGGGUCAGCCAGCAAGUCAGUGUCCUCCUUUAACCGCUUCAACGACUCACCAGCGGUAGAGGAAGCUUUACGAGAAGGCUGCCUAGCCUGCAUCCACAGCGUCCUAUCUUCCAUUCGCUCUGAACUGGCUGCAGCCUCCCCCAACCCUGGACCUGCCCACCUCAGUUCAGUCCUUUUCAUGGCCAGACUGUGUCAGUCCAUGGGUGAACUGUGCCCCAACCUUAAGCAUUGCAUACUGGGAAAACAGAGUGGCUCAGAGGCCUCAACAAAGGAGACACCUAGACAGGGCAGGAAGCUGGGCAAAGCCAGGGCUGCCACUGAGGUUAGCCCUGCCCAGGCAAAGUGGGCAGGGCUGAAGGAGGAGCUUCUGAACUGCAGCAUGGAGGCCUACCGCAUCUGGAGCUCAACCCUCUCAAAAGUGCUGCUUGAUAAGUUUUGCACAGCCCUGCAUGCAGAGUCUGCUGGUACCAUCCUUAAAACAGCAACAAACUGGGAGGAUUUGGAGAUCCAAGAAGAGGCAGAGUCUGGCAGCAGCAUCACCUCAAAGAUCCGUCUUCCUGUCCAGACAUCUUGGUUUGUCCAGUCGCUGCUGUUUCAGCUGUGUGUGGAGGUUAACAGGGUGGGGGGCCACGCUCUGCCCAGGCCCACUCUGCAAGAGCUGCUGCAGGCCUGUCAUGCUCAGGCCCUGCAUCACUUUCACAGCCUCUCACAACAGGUUCCAAACAAGGGGGCCGUCUUCCCCAUAACUCAGAACAGAGCGCUGCAGCUAUUGUUUGACCUCCGUUACCUCAGCACUACACUUGGCUGCAGACUGGAGGAGGGAAAGAGCUCCCGAUCACAACAAGACCCUAGAUUGCAUGAGGUCUGCGACUGGCUAGAAAGCUUCAUCGACCCAUUUGACUUGGACGUGUUCACACCUCCACUUAACUCCAAUCUCAAUCGUCUUUCCCAGAGAACCUCGGUGUUGCUGGGGCUACUGACAGGCUCAGAAAAACAGUUUUCCUUGCGGAGCGGCAGUGUGAACUCCCAGGAGCCAUACAACAUCCUGCCACUGGCCAGCAGCCAGAUCAGGUUUGGGUUACUCCCUCUCAGCAUGUCGAAUGUGCGUAAAUCCAAGUCAGCCUCCAGGACCUCUGAUGCUCCGCACCAACCGCAGGAGGACAGCUUCCGGCCAGGCAGUCUGUUCAGACAGCUUGUUGAUCAGGAAGAAGACACAGCUACUCCUUCGUUAUUCAAACUCAGCUGGCUGUCUGGCAUGGCCAAGUAACCUUAUUUUGUUCAAGACCUUUUUAUUUUCCUGGAACCUUUGUAAAAACAGUAUUUAUAGUAAAAUUAAUUUUGUCCCUUGAGAAA